AUGUCUCCGAGACACAGAUUGCGAAUUCGGACAGUAGCAAUCUCAGCUUGGGAGUUGUUAAAUGCCCUACCACUAAUUAAUAAAUGCCCUACUACUAACUUACUACCUUCGCGCCGCCGCAACGCACUUGCUGCAAGAUAUUUCGAAGCUGCUCUUUCUAACGUAGUUAAAAUUUUAAGAGGUUAUUUCCUAAAUUUUAGAGCUAGGAGGGUUAAAAGUUACAGAAGAGAGGGUCAUUUAACAUCUCCCAGUCAGCUUUCCUCGCCCAAGCGGGAACCAUUGCCCGCAUCAGCACCACCACCACCACCACCACCACCACCACAUUGUUUUGGUGGGCUCCUCUGUGCAACCGGUGCUAGCACGAGAGGAGACGGCCAGGUGAUCGGGUGACUAUGCUCAGCGUUCUGGGUGGUGGUACAAUGCGAGAUGGUACUUCAUCUAUGUACCCCGCGAAGGGUGCCCGACGGGGACCAGGGACAAACAAGGUCAACAACGGCUGUAUUUAAUAUGGCCAGGUACGGGGUCCGGGGGGUGAGGUGGGUGAGUUGCAGUUCCAAAAGCCGGGGUGAUAGGCAGAUGAGGAGGGGGAGAUGGGCGACGUGGGCCGAAAUCGAGAGAUGCCUUGACAGCGUGAGCGUGGUUUUUGUACAUCACUCUUGUGAUGAAUAUUGAGAUGGGAUGAGGGGGAGAGUGGGAAUGCGAACAAACGACGGGAGGAUGAGGGUUGCCGUGGUGGCGCAUGCAGGUCAGCGUUCGGUUUCUGGAGCGGGAGCCAGGGACGGCCUGGACUGGCAGCACGAGCAACUCGAUCUGGAG